AUGGAAUUCAAGAUGGCAGCGCCCAUGAAACUUUGUCGUGCCUGUUUCUCUCGCUCUCGAAAAUUUCUUUUUGGACCACGUAUCUCAGCAGUUGGCACGCGAAACUUUGCUUCCAAAGAUACAGCCCCACAGAGUGAAGAUGAAACACAUUUUGGAUUCGAGAAUGUGUCUAAAGCAGAGAAAACUGAGAGGGUUCAUCAAGUGUUCUCCAGCGUUGCCGACAGUUAUGACACCAUGAACGAUGCUAUGAGCCUUGGAAUUCAUCGUCUGUGGAAGGACUAUUUCAUGCAGGCCGUGCUCAAACCCACACCUGGGACUCGACUUUUAGAUGUUGCUGGUGGAACAGGUGACAUAGCCUUCCGCUUCUUGGACUACAUCAACCAUCUGAAGCAAGAUCCAGAGUUUACCGAGGAGUGGCCGGAGGAGAUCAGAUGGUCAGGCUUGGAGACGGGAGAGGAUGCGAUCCAGCGAGGAGAUGGAGAGUCAGAGGAGGCGGGGCAGACUAUGCCUCUGGAGCAACAUGUGACUGUGUGUGAUAUCAAUGAGAACAUGCUGAGAGUCGGGAAGAAGAGAGCCAAGCAGAGAGGCAUACAGAGUGGUAUAUCGUGGGUGUGUGGUAAUGCUGAGGAGCUUCCCAUAGCAGAUGACAGCAUGGAUGCAUACACCAUCGCAUUCGGUAUCAGGAAUGUAACAAAUGUAGACCAGGCUCUGGAUGAGGCUUACAGGGUGCUCAAACCAGGAGGUCGAUUCCUCUGCUUAGAGUUCAGUGAGGUUCAGAAUUCAUUGCUGAGGAUGGCCUAUGACAGAUAUUCCUUUGAUGUGAUACCUGUCCUUGGUGAUGUCAUCGCCGGUGACUGGAAAUCAUACAAGUAUCUGGUUGAGAGCAUCAGACAGUUUCCAAACCAGAAGGAGUUUUCUGCCAUGAUAGAGGAUGCAGGUUUUAGCUUAGUGAGACAUGAAAACCUUUCUCUGGGCAUCGCUGCAAUACACUCUGGAUUCAAGUUAUAGGACACUAGUAUCACAUUCCUCCUGUGAGUUGUCAGUUUGUCACGACAACUGUGAUCUUGCGACCUGUGAUGUCACUUCGAGGCAUGUGCAUAUCAAGGAGCUCCGCCUCUAUCUUGCUGCCAACGUCUAUGGAGAGAACCCGACAGUUCAGUCUGUUUGUGUUGAUUUCAUUCAAACUUUCACCAAUCUGCUUCUCUAAUUUCUCAGAGACUCGUUUAGAAAUCGAACAAAGAAAGGAGACUUGCCAACGUCAUAUUGAAAAACAAGUGACACAGCUAACAUAAAGCCCUUUAUCCUGUUUCAUAAAAAAAUGUUUUAAUAAAAAGUUAGAGUAACUGUUAUAAGCUACUAAAAUCAUGGCAUUUGAUUAGCUAAGAGCAAAUUUGUUAAAGAGUUUCAGAAUUUGUUACUGCUAUCAAAUUUUAUAAAACAAGCCUCAGGACCAGUGUUAAACUCAACAAAUAUGACAGAAAUAUGAGUAUUUUACUCAGGUUUCGGCUUAGGUAAAAUACUUGGCCAACUUCAUAGGUAGGUAGUUGAAGCUUCUUUCUUUUGUCUAAGUGUUUUACCUUAAAAAAUGAAAAACAUUGUUUAUAAAGGAUUGUUUUUUUACAGCUAUCUACUACAGAUGUGGACAUACAGUUAACAUUAUAGUAAAUAUGGAUUUAUGUUCGCCUAAACCAUUAAAGAGAAGGUUGAGUUCUGGGAAGAGGUGAACAGUAAUUUGUGAGCAUUAUCAUUGUUAUCAUGCAAGUUUGGAAGAA